CCUGUCAUGAGCAAUCGUGACAUCUACGAUGCCCUAUUUCUUCAAAAAAAAUUGGCCAGCUGGGGCCGUUGUAAACUGCAAAAAGUCAAGCGCCCCUUCUCUACCCAGAUCACGAGUGCCAUUUCAAAGCUUAUUGGAUGAAAGUCUCAUUUGCCCUUGGUUGCCAAAGAUGACGUUGCCAUGGAAACAGCUUCUACUGUUAUCGAUCAUCGAGUGUUUGGCAGAUAGUCUGGACAGUGGCUUGUACCAUGGCCCAAGAUGGAGGAUGGAGCCAGGGGAUCUUUUCAUUCCAGUCGACUCCAUAGAGGAAGAGGCCACUCUGACGUGCGACGCCAAGGGUACCCCGCCUCCUCAGUACAGAUGGUCGCUGAAUGGGACUUUCAUAAAUCUGAGCCUGGAUCGACGGCGGCGUCUGUCGGGGGGCAACCUCAUUAUAAGCAGCCUGGACCGCUACCAGGAUGUAGGCGUCUAUCAGUGUAUGGCCUACAACACUGUGGGAGCCAUCCUCAGCAGGAGAGCACAUCUCAAGUUUGCCUACUUGGAUCAUUUCAAAGUCCACACCAGAAGUGCAGUCUCGGUCCGGGAGGGACAAGGAGUGGUGUUGCUCUGUGGAACGCCCACUUCCUCAGGAGAUCUUACAUAUGCAUGGGUCUUCAACGAGUACCCGUACUUCGUCCAGCAAGACAAUCGCCGUUUCGUCUCCCAGCAGACAGGGAACCUCUACAUUGCUAAGGUGGAGCCCUCCGACGUGGGCAACUACACCUGUGUCGUGAUGAACAGCAUCACAAAGGGCAAGGUUCACAGCUCGCCCACGUCUCUCAUCCUCAGGACAGACGGAGUGAUGGGCGAGUAUGAACCGAAAAUAGAAGUUAAUUUCCCGGACAAUGUACCCGCUGCAAAAGGAUCAACAGUUACACUGGAGUGUUUCGCUCUGGGGAAUCCCGUCCCAGAAAUCACCUGGAAAAGGGCGAAUGGAGUUCCAUUCCCGAGUAAAGUCAAAAUGAAGUAUGCCAAUGCCGUGCUGGAAAUCCCCAGCUUCCAGCAGGAGGAUACGGGAGGAUAUGAAUGUGUGGCAGAGAAUAAGAUGGGCAAGAACAAAGCCACUGGGCGACUGGCUUUCUAUGCCAAGCCUCAGUGGAUUCAGACCAUGAAGGACACGGCCUUGGCCAUAGAGGAGAAUUUGGACUGGGAGUGUCGUGUCAGUGGGAAACCAAAACCACUUUACACAUGGCUGAAGAACGGCCAGCGGCUGAUCUCCCGGGAUAGGAUCCUUGUGAAGGACGGAGCUCUGUCAGUGUCUGUGUUGACACUUGCCGAUGCCGGAAUGUACCAGUGUGUGGCUGAGAACGAGCACAGCAUUAUAUAUUUUGCUGCUGAACUAAUGGUUUUAGCCUCUCCCCCAGACUUCACAGGAAACGUCCUCAGAGCUUUGCUUAAAGCCAAGGCAGGAAGUACUGUGACUUUGGAAUGUAAACCCCAAGCCUAUCCCAUGGCCAGCAUUUUAUGGAAGAAAGGAAACCUUCCUAUUCUCACCAACAACAGGAUCACGCUUUCGCCAGAUGGAACACUGAGACUUGCCAAUGUGAGCAAAUCUGACGCAGGCAGCUACACGUGCUUUGCUCGGAACAGAUUUGGCAUGUCGAGUACGACUGGAAGGCUCCUUGUUACAGACCCAACCAGAUUCACCCAGAGCCCAGCAGACAUGGAAAUCAUCGUGGGUGAGAGCAUCGUGUUGCCCUGUCAGGUCGCCAGCGAUCCUGUCCUCGAUGUUUCUUUCUCUUGGGCCUUCAACGGACAGCUCAUUGCCAAUGACGACGGUCACUUUGAGCUGGUGGGCGGGAGAGCUGCGGGAGACCUGAUGAUCAGGAAUAUUCAGCUGAACCACACGGGCAAAUAUAUCUGUGUGGUGGACACGGACGUGGAGAGCCUCUCAGCCGUGGCCAUAUUGAUCGUGAAAGGCCCGCCCAGUCCCCCAGACUCGGUGACAGUGGAGGAGGUGACAGACAGCACGGCCCAGCUGCUAUGGAGCCCCGGACGGGACAACGGGAGCCCCAUCACCAAUUAUAUCGUUCAAACCAGAACGCCGUUCACCGUGGGCUGGCAGAGGGUGAACACAGUUCCAGAGAAAAUUGGCGGGAGCAUGCUGACAGCCGCUGUAGUGGAUCUUAACGCCUGGGUGGAGUAUGAGUUUCGAGUACUGGCCAGAAACAGUGUUGGAGUUGGAGAACCCAGUCCUGUGUCAGCAGAGACCAGGACCGAAGAUGCAGUCCCUGAUGCAGCGCCAGGUGAUGUGGGUGGAGGAGGCGGGAGCAGGUCUGAGCUGGUCAUCACAUGGGAGCCUGUCCCUGAAGAACUACAGAACGGCGAAAGCUUUGGUUACAUCAUCGCUUUCCGAGCCUUCGGAGAAGUCAGCUGGACCCACGUGGCCACCUCUGCCCCCGGUGCAUCCCGCUAUGUGUACCGCAACGAAAGCAUCGCGCCCUUUUCUCCGUUCCAUGUCAAAGUUGGCACUUACAACAGCAAAGGGCAGGGUCCCUUCAGCUCCGUGGUCACCAUCUACUCUGCAGAGAUAGAGCCAAGUGGGAUACCAGUAGGCGUUUGGGCCAGAAGUGUCUCAGCCUAUGAGAUUGAGGUGAAUUGGCAGCCUCUCUCCUUCACCCAUGAAAGGGUUCUCGGCUACGAGGUGGUUUACUGGGAGGACGACACCAAGCCAGAGACCAUGGGGAAGGUUCGAGUACCGUGGAACCAAACCUCAGUCACGGUUAGCGGCUUGGCGGGGCACACGCAGUAUUUCCUAACUGUCAGCGCCUUCAACACAGCAGGCACCGGGCCCUUCCUUCCUGCAAUCAAUGUCACCACAAAAAAGCCGCCCCCGUCCCAACCACCCCUUGAUGUUGAAUGGACGCUAAUUGGUUCACAACUCUCACUUUACUGGGAGCCUGUGGUGGCCAUGGAGUCGGAGUCAGAAGUUACAGGUUACCAACUGUCAUGCAGGGGAAGUAAACACGCAGACGUAACCACCUUCACAACAACCAAUUCAACAGCGGAACUCAAUCUCAGCGAGGUUGACGAUGAAUACAUAAUUCGCAUUCAGUCCCUGAGUGAAGGAGGUCUUGGCCCUGCUUCAGAUCCCAUUCGAGUCCACCAGCUCAGUAUGAGCGCACGCGGCUCCAGGGGCUUUAAAGUGGACGUGUCGCCGCUCUGCUGGGUCCUCGCCAUUGCAAUAUCAACAUUCAGGUCAACGUUGUGACCGACUUUGCACUCGUUUCUGAACUGGAAGUAUUGUUGUUAUUUUGAUGAGUGUUUUUUUUUUUGUUUUUUUAAUUUCGGAGGUGACCACAUACUAUUUCGCUGUGCUACUUUUGCGGGUAUGAGGAGCAGAAACAUAUUGUCCGACUCCAUUUUGGCCUUUUUCUGUUUCUCUACUCUAGAAUGAUACAGAUGCCUUACUUCCAUUCAUGUGCCACAUUAGAUUUAGCUUUCCUUUUUGUUAUUGCUCCUCACUUUUUAUUCCACACAUAACUAAUUGGACAACCUUCAAGAGAAGGGCUUUUUUUCCCCCUUCUCCGUCUGAAUUGGCUCAUCGGAACACAAUCCUCCAUAGGCCUAU